AAUCAAUGUCAGAGAAGCGCCUCCGUGGAAGAGUUCCGGUCAGCCGGAGAAUCAGACCGCCACAUCCUUCACCGUCUACUCACAGACUUCGCCGCCGAGUCGUAAUUGUUCGACGGUCAUCUUCAAAGAAGCCGUUGAAAUUCAUCAACAGAUGCAACUCGGUGCCUGCUUUGUUGACCGUCGAUGUUGGUGGUGCCACGGAGGAUCCCGGCGGACUGAUGUCAAUUUCCCGAUCUCGUCCGGACAUCUUCUCGUCGGCACCGGAGUUAGUGUUGCCUUAUUCUCCGUCCAAAAUUCAGAGAGAUUCAAAGGAGUUACACAUGCAUCAGUACAACAAAGACGCAAAGGUGGUGGUGAAUGUAACAGUUGAGGGAUGCCCGGGAGCAAUCCGGGCAAUGGUAAGAUUAGGUUCGACCGUGGAAGAAACAAUGAAGAUCGUUAAACAUCAGUACGAGUCCGAAGGCAGGUGCCCUCGGCUUGAUCAACGUUCCAUUUCAACCUUCGAGUUGCAUCCGUCACAUUUCAGUCUUCGAUGUUUGGAUAAGUCGGACAAGAUCGGAAACUUUGGCAGCCGGAGUUUCUACAUGAGGAAGCGUAGCAACGAAAAUUCCAUCAUAGGACCCGAGAUAAUUUCGACAAGGCGAAACGGCUCUCCUUCUCCACCUCCGAGUCCAACCGUUCUCUUCCCCAAUUUUAUAUGUCGAAAUUUCAAGAAAGUUAUAAGAUUGUUGGGCAAACUUUUGGGUUGUCUUGAUGGGUGAUUUUAAUUCUACAACAACCGGUUGUAUAUACUUGAAAGAUGUACAUAUGUUUUUGUUAAG